CAUUUAUUGGAGAGUAGCGAAAUGGCAGGACAGCAACGAAACCAACUGACAACUGAACCUUCUUGGCAGAAAUUGUCAAGCUUUUUCGAUCGCCAUGGGUCCAAGCUUAACAUUCUGCAGAUGUUUAAUGAGGACCCUCAACGCUUCCAGAAAUACAGUUUAUCUGUGAACACAAAAGAUGGUGAUAUUUUAUUGGAUUAUUCUAAAAAUUUAAUCAAUGAUGAAGUUUUGGGAAACCUUUUUCAGUUGGCAAAAGAAAGAAAAGUGGAAGAAAUGCGAGAUGCCAUGUUCUCAGGUGAAAAAAUAAAUUUUACUGAGAAUCGUGCUGUACUGCACACAGCAUUACGUAAUCAAAGUAAUAAACCCAUCAUGGUUGAUGGAAAAGAUGUGAUGCCUGAUGUUAAUGGUGUACUCCAACAUAUGAGAGAAUUUACUGAGGAAGUGAGAUCAGGGAAAUGGAAAGGUUAUACCGGUCUAGCUAUUACUGAUAUUGUUAAUAUUGGUAUAGGUGGCUCUGAUCUGGGUCCUCUGAUGGUAACUGAAGCCUUGAGACCAUACAAGUCAAACUUGAAUGCUCAUUUUAUCUCUAAUAUUGAUGGUACACAUCUAGCCAAAACAUUACAAGAUCUGAAUCCUGAAACCACUUUAUUUAUUAUUGCUUCCAAGACCUUUACCACACAAGAAACCAUAACUAAUGCCACAUCAGCUAAAAAUUGGUUCCUGGAGAAAGCCAAAGAUCCGUCUGCUGUCUCCAAACAUUUUGUAGCUUUGUCUACUAAUGCUAGCAAAGUAAAAGAUUUUGGUAUAGAUGAAAAAAAUAUGUUUGGAUUUUGGGAUUGGGUAGGAGGUCGUUAUUCUCUGUGGUCAGCUAUUGGAAUGUCUAUUGCAUUAGUUGUUGGAAUGGAUAAUUUUAUUGAUCUACAAGCUGGAGCAUAUUUUAUGGAUCAACAUUUCUGUACAACUCCUUUAGAGAAAAAUUUACCAGUAAUAUUAGCUUUGUUAGGUGUAUGGUAUCAUAAUUUCUAUAAAGCUGAAUCUAUUGCUCUUCUACCAUAUGACCAGUACAUGCAUAGAUUUGCAGCAUAUUUUCAACAAGGUGAUAUGGAGAGUAAUGGUAAAUAUAUAACACGAAGUGGACAACGUGUCAACUAUACUACUGGACCUAUUGUAUGGGGAGAACCUGGUACUAACGGACAACAUGCAUUCUAUCAACUGAUACAUCAAGGUACCAGGCUGAUUCCCUGUGAUUUCUUGAUGCCAGUAGAAACACAUAAUCCUGUACAAGGAGGCUUACAUCAUGAGAUAUUACAAGCUAAUUUCCUGGCUCAAACUGAAGCCUUAAUGAAAGGUAAAACACGAGAUAAAGCUGAAAGUGAGUUAAAGAAGGCUGGUAUGAGUGAAGAACAGAUAACUCAUAUUCUACCACAUAAGGUAUUUGAAGGUAACAGACCAAGUAAUUCUAUCAUGUUCCAGAAGUUGACACCAUUUACUUUAGGUGCCCUCAUAGCUAUGUAUGAACAUAAGAUAUUUGUACAGGGUGUUAUCUGGGAUAUCAAUUCAUUUGAUCAAUGGGGGGUUGAACUUGGUAAAGAAUUAGCUAAAGUUAUACAACCAGAAAUAAAGGGAAGUGAACAAGUCUCAUCACAUGAUAGUUCUACAAAUGGAUUGAUUAAUUUUAUUAAGUCUCAUCGUAAAUAAACUUUUAUUAGUAUAAGGUAGGCCUUAUUAGUACAGUGUAGGACUAAUUAAUAAUGGAUAGGGCUGAUUAGUAUGAGGUAUGUCUAGGUAGUUGGUAGACCUACAUAUUAUUUAUUAUAUUUCAGUAUUAACUAAUUCUCUCAAUGAAUGGUCAACUUUAGAUUGUAAUAAUGAUUAAGAUUUUUAAUAAAAAUCCUACAUUUUCUAAUGGCUAAUGAAGAUGGGUAAUGCUAUCAAGUGUGCAGUAAGGGAAAUUUUACCAGGACAGUAGCAUUAGAUUGUGACAAUCUAUGUUUAAGUAGUAUGAUAAUUAUGUAGAUUUUCUGAAUGUUUUGCUUUAUAUUUACUAUGUUCUUAUUUAUUUUGUUACAAGUUAAGUGGAACUGCAUCAAAUAACUGCUUAAAUCACUAUACCAGCCUUUUCUAGAUUUUAAGGAUUAUGACCUGAAAAUCAGCAUUUCGUCAUCUUUAACCUUGCAAAGAUUGUCAUACUUACUCACUUUUGGUUGAUACACUUCCUCAUGUGAAAAGUUCAUUAGCUGCUACCUAUGUAUUGUCAAAAUGUUAUGGGUUUCAUUUUGCAGUUCAGAUCGUUUGUACUUGUUUUUUGAAAUAUCAAUUUUGUAUUUCACUAUUUCUUAUAGUAAUGUAGGUUAUAACUAAUAUAGAGCGAGAGAUAGAGCAAAAUUUUUUAAUCAAAAGUCAAACAGAUAUUUCUGUACAUCCAGUGAUGGUUCAUUAACUUUCUUUUUUGGUAGAAGGUAUUCUGUUCUAUAAAAGACUACUCUUGUUCAUGUUGGGGGAAAGGAUGCACAUGUAUAUCUUAUAAGACUGAAGUUUUAUAUUUGUAUGUACUGCUCAUUUUGUUUUCAAUUCUAAUCUAUCCAUUGUAAUUAUUAAUGAUAUUUAAAUUUGUUUUCUACGCAUGAAAUGGUAAUGUUUAUUGUAUUGUUUUAAUUAUUAUGUUUUGUCUUAUCUAAUAAAAGGGAUUGUUAUGUAUUGUUUAAA